AUGAAUAAUUCUGGGCUCAACAGUGGUUUUUCUAGAAAUAAGAUUUUUGGUUUGGACUGUGCUGCUCACGCAGGCUCAGACUUGAUAUCUUCAGCUGCAGCCGUUCACUUUAAAUCGAUUCAUUUAGUCUGUAGCACAUUGCGACCUCGCGGAAUCGGUCUCAUUCGUUUACCAUUCGGUGUGUCCGAUCAUCGUUCUGGCCCUCAUCUACCAAAUCUGUACAUAGCUGGAAAUAAACUAUAUCACAGGACCCAAGCUAUUCCGGAUGUUUCAUUGCCUGGGCAAGAUAAGGACUUCUCUGGUCACGCUCAACUAAAUCCUUUCACUCAUAUGACCGGCGUGGCCUCAAACCUCGACUAUGGUGACUCUUGGGGUGCUGGCUAUGCUCUGCAGGGAGUGAAUUUUCUAGUUAGCGAUGGUCCCACCUCGAUUCCAACGGCCAUCUCCACCGCGUCGCUUCGAGAGCAGCCGCUAACGCAAUUGCACUAUGCUUCAUGUCGUUUUGACUAUAGUAUACCUAUAGCUGAGCUUAGGCAUGUUGACUAA